AUGUUUAACGUGAAUUCAUUGACUGUAAUUAUUACAAUCAAUUUAGUAAUUUCACACGGUACUGUGUAUCUCGGUGAUUUAUGCGAUUUUGAUGAUGGUUCGACAGGAUUCUGUGUGGGAAUCAAGGAGUGCAAAGAGGCUAUUAAAUUGUUGAACGUUAGUGUAGCUCUGAAGGUUUGCAAUUACGAUCAGGAUUAUCCAAUAGUUUGUUGCAACGAUAAAGAUGUGAAAAUACCAGGAGUUAAAAGUCUUAAAUAUUGCGAUGAGAUAAAUGUGCGAAAACGGUCAGGACUUUUAACCGUCGGUGGUGGAAAACCUUCUUUGGCUAAAGAAUUUCCUCAUAUGGCAGCUUUGGGGUAUUCAAACAAUGAAGAUAUCAUUUGGGGAUGCGGUGGAAGUUUGAUCAGUUUGAAGUUCGUUCUGACAGCGGGUCAUUGUUUGCAAAAUAUUGAAUUUGGUCCGGUUAAACAUGUGAGAUUAGGAGAUUUAAAUCUGAAGAGUAACACUGAUGAUGCUUCUCCUCAAUCGUUUUUUGUUGCAAGAACUUACAAGCAUCCCAAUUAUGUUCGUCCUUCGAAAUAUCAUGAUAUAGGUUUAAUUGAAUUGGAUAGAGAAGCAAAAAAGACGAGUUACGUAAAGGCCGCUUGUCUGAAUAUUCGCGAGGACGCGAAUGAAGAUAAGUUUCUUGCAACUGGAUGGGGUGAGUUGUCCUUUCAUGGUGCCCCUGCUGAUCAUCUGCAGAAGAUUCAACUCAGAGAAAUGAACAAUUCCCAAUGCAAUAACCAUUACAAAAUCAACAAACGUCUUUAUAAUAAAGGCAUAUCUCCAUCAAUGCAGAUAUGUGCAGGUGAUCCAGGAAAAGAUACUUGCAAAGGCGAUUCCGGAGGUCCAUUGCAACAGUACAAUAAGAAAUAUAUAAAAGCUUUCGAUAUACAUGGAGUGACUUCGUUUGGAAAAGCCUGUCUUUUAACAAGUAGUCCAGCGGUUUAUACAAGAGUCUCUUAUUACAUUGAUUGGAUAGAAUCCAUAGUUUGGCCAUAA